AUUCUUUUACUUCCAGUAAUUUGAAAGCUCAUGAUAAAAAAUAUAGAUAUAUGAGUUAUAAAGUUGAAAAACACGAAACUGAAGAAGUAUACUUAUCAUGUUUAGAGAUGACAGCGCAAGGCCUUAUCUUCAAUUACGACUUGCCAGACCCUAUUCAAAAGAAAGAAAGACCAAAGAAUGAUGAUAAAAAAUUAGAAGGAAAAGAUGAUACUUACUUGGCUUGUCAUCUUCAAUCUUCUAAGAUGAAUAAUUCUAAAGGGAUGUUUAAAAUCGGUUAUUACUAUGAUACUAAAAAUAAUACAGAAAAAGGAUAUGAAAAUAAUAUAUACCCGGAUAGUACUGAAGAUCGUAAACCCAAUAAUAAUGCCGAAAUGAAUGCCAAUAAUAACGAAGUUGGUGAAAACAAGAUAGAAUAUAAUGGUGAACCUAGUAGUAGUAAAGUUGAUAACAACAUGACAACUGUGAAAGAAGAAAGUAAAGUAUACGAUAUUAGAUGUUACUACAAUAAUAGAAAUAAAAUAGAGGGAAAUAAUGAUCAUGAGACUUACUUGGCUUGUUCCGGGAACCAUGGUGAAGCUGAUAAAGACACAAGCAGCAACGAAGCUUAUGAAAACGAUAAUAGUGUUAAAUUGAAAAGAAAUACUAGAAUCAGAGAAAAGGCAAAAAUAUUCGUUAGUAAAGUGAAGAACGCAUUGAAAGAAAGUGAAGUUAAAACACAGAUAAUCAACAUAACCAACGAAUUCCUGAAAGUAGCAUCUACAAAAGUGAACGAUAAAGGAUUAACCAAGAAGACAAAGCAAGCAGUAGAAGACUUGACAAAAAGAAAGCCUAAGUGUGCAAUAGUCUUAACAAUAUUUCUCGUAGCUCCUUUAAAUGCUUCAUCAGAACCCUACUGA